AACCGCAUCUCUGUCCAUCCGUACCCAUCACUGUAGUAGAGUAGCUGUAUUGUCGCCCUACAUCAUGUCCAAAUCGAUUCUACCCGGCGAACCCCUCACCCCAAAGUUCACAGCGAAAGACUACAGCAUUUUCUUCUCCGCUGGGGCGUUAUGUUGCACCCUCUCUCACGGGGGGAUGACCCCUAUCGAUGUGAUCAAGACACGAAUACAGAUCGAUCCCGCUCUCAAGGGCAUGUCACUUUUAUCUGGGGGGAGAAAGAUCGUCGCUGCUGAAGGUGCUGGAGGGCUCCUCACAGGCUUCGGUCCGACAGCUGUGGGGUAUAUGCUACAGGGUGGAGCCAAGUUUGCCGGUUACGAAGCAUCGAAAAAGUACCUCGUCGAAUUAUCGGGAAGUCGAGAGAAUGCAAUCAAAAAUCGAACGGCUAUUUAUCUCGGAGGUGCCGCCAUCGCCGAAUUUUUUGCCGAUAUAUUACUCACUCCUGCGGAAGCCACACGUAUCCGCUUGGUCUCCAAUCCGAAGUACGCCAGUGGAUUAGUCUCAGGUUUCACGAAGAUCCUCACCACGGAAGGUAUUGGCUCCUUGUAUGCUGGUUUCAUACCGAUCCUUGCCAAGCAAAUACCCUAUGCGAUAGGACAAUUCACAGUGAACGAAAGAUGUACCGAAUUCAUUUUCAACCAAAUGACCCAGGAGAGAAAAGAGAACUUGACGCCGGUACAAAACUUUGGGAUCGUCCUCGGAUCAGGUAUCGUGGCUGGGUUUGCUGCUGCUAUUUUAUCACACCCAGCGGACACCCUCUUGUCACAGAUCAACAAAGGUCACGGUCCAUCUGGACCCAUGGUGAAACGUCUGAUCACUUUAGGAAAGGAAGCCGGUUUCCGUGGUCUCUUUGCGGGUCUAGGACCAAGGAUGAUAAUGACCGCUGGUCUUGUGUCAUCACAGUUCAUCCUGUAUGGAUACAUCAAGACUGCUCUGGGUGCCAGACCAGGCAUCGAGAUACACAAAGAGGAGCAAUAGAUAAGUGAAGUCCAGAGGAUGAUGUGUGGGAUAGUAGUGAUUUUUGUAGCAUGAUCUAGCCAUGUCAUAGAAGUUUGG